AUGCCCUCCAACUCUCCACUCAUCGAACCUAAAGCUUCGUCCAGCAUUGGCUACACCUUGUACUAUGGUACGUUUGUUCACACGCCUACGUUGGAAGAACUUGAAAUCUGUUUCAACACAUUGGUCGGAGUUACGCUGGACGGGGAAAUCGACUACAUCCACAAGAACUACAAGCCAGAGGAGCACGACUAUAUGACGGCUGUCCACAGAAACAGAAACAGACACUUUGAUUUCAUCGACUAUUCCCAGGAUCCCACCAAGUUCUUUGUGCCAGGUUUCAUUGACACCCACAUACAUGCUUCACAAUUCCCCAACGUCGGCAUUGGUUUAGACUGUCCUCUUUUGGAUUGGUUGAACGACUACACUUUCCCGUUGGAGAACCAGUUCACUGACUCUAACGAGAAGAAGUUGCAAUUCGCUAAAAACGUCUACUCCAAAGUAAUCAACAAAACCCUUACUAGUGGCACUACUUGUGCCUCAUACUUCACAACAAUUGACCCGCAGACUACCAACUUAUUUGCUGAGUUGUUAUUGGAACAUGGCCAAAGAGGUUUUGUAGGAAAAGUGUGUAUGGACCACAACGACACUUACCACGACUACGAGGAAAGCUUUGAAGACUGUGUCCAUUCGAUGAACCUGAUCAUCAACCAUUUGGACAAGUUGAACCCAAGUGACGACACCUUGGUUAAGCCGAUUAUCACCCCUCGUUUCGCACCCGUCUGUUCUCGUAAGAUGUUGAAUUGGUUAGGAAAAUUGAGCAAGACGCACAGCUUGCCCAUCCAGACUCACAUCAGUGAAAACACCAAGGAAAUUGAGUUGGUUCGUGAUAUGUUUCCUGAUUGCGAAGAUUAUGCUACUGUAUAUGAUAAACAUAACUUGUUGAGUUCUUCCACAAUCUUGGCUCAUGCCAUUCACUUGACUAAGAAGGAAAGAAAGAUGAUCAGCAAGAAGGAAUGCUCCAUCUCUCAUUGUCCAACAUCUAACACAUUCAUCUCCAGUGGUGAAGCUCCAGUCAAACAGUAUCUUUACCAAGAUAAGAUCAACGUAUCAUUAGGUACAGAUGUCUCUGGAGGCUUUGAUCUGAGCAUCUUGGCUGUCAUCAAACAUUCCAUUUUGGUCAGUCACCACUUGGCAAUGAAGACAGGAAGGCAAGGUGACAAGUUGUCAAUCAUAGAUGCUCUCUACAUGGCCACCCAAGGAGGAGCCAAAGCCAUUGGUAUGCCAGACGUGUUGGGAUCUUUUGAAGUAGGAAAGAAGUUUGAUGUCCAGUUGAUUGAUUUGAGUUCCAAGGAUUCGAUCGUGGACACCUUCGAAUGGCAAUUGCCUCUCGAAGAAGAAGCUAACCAACGCAAAAAGUCAAAACAAAUGCAAGAUUUGUUGGGCAAAUGGAUCUUCAGUGGUGACGACAGAAACUGUGUCAAGGUCUGGUGUAAUGGUCGUUUGGUAGUAAACAAGAUGCAUUAUCAACGUGAUGACAGAUGGGUCAUGGUUGAAAAGGAUUUCUAA